AUGUCUACAACAACAACAACAUUCUCGUCCACCAAGACGUCACCCCUUGCUCCCUCUCCCUUCUCCGCACCACAACGCAAGACCAUGAGCAUCACACAAACCUACUUCCUGGCCCACAAGGCUCGGGCUAAGCUGUCGUCGCAGGCGGCCCGCCCUGACCACAACCUGCGCCUGCUGGUCGGCCACGCCAACCUCUUGGACACUCUGAUGCUGGAGCUGGCCGAUGCCGAGCGCGAGCAGGAGUCGUGGUUCAACCAGUCGGUGCGCGGCGCCAACAAGGCCCAGCAGCCGGCGCCGCAAAAGGCCGACCGCCACGUGCAGUGGGCCGACACCGUUGUCGAGGAGGCCGAGGAGGAGUGGCACGCCGACAACGACGACGACUCGGAUGCCAGCUCCGACGCCAGCUCCGACUACAGCGAAUCGGACGACGAGUUUGACGAAGAGUUUGAGCAGCAGUCGCCUGCGUCGUCUGUGGAGGACGACGAGGACAUCCUGAUGGCCGACGCCGCGCCUCUGCGCCGCGUGGCCUCGAACAAGGCGGUCGUGGAGACGGUCGACGAGGACGCGUACAGCACAGCAGACGAGGAGGAGGAGGAGGACGACGACGAGGCGUACGACGAAGAGUCCGACGCCGCCCGCCUCACCCUCACCCGCUCUCCCUCCCACUCUGCCUCGCCCGCCUCGCUCUCUUCACCCGCCUCAUCCAUCGCCCACAUCUCGUCACCACCGGAACUGGUCAUCGAGGAGGACUCGGACAUCUCGUCCGAGGACGACGAGUCCUCGAUGCCGCCAUCGCCGCCGGCGGUGACCCUGCAGUCCUUUGACAAGAAGGCAGCAGCGGGUCUCGCCAAGACGGCGGCGACCACGGCCAUCAAGGCCAUUGCGUCGCCACAAGAAGACGACCACGAUGCUUUCGACGACGACAGCACAGCACACUACUACCUGCCACCGCGCAACCCUGCAAGGUUGAUCACGGCGCUGUCUGUCUACUAA